AUGGCUUCUCCGUGCAAAGGCAACGAUCUGUUCUCCUCCUCGGAUGAGGAAGGCCCGGCGCCGGUGGUGGGGCCCGGCCCGGGAUCCGGGGUCCCCGAGGGGGUCCCGGAGGAGCCGCGCGUCCCGGUGUCGCGGCUGCCGUUCAGCGUGGAGGCGCUGAUGUCCGACACCAAGCCGCCGCCGCCUCCAGCGCCGGCCGGCCGGGAGCUGUCCCCGCGGCCGGCCGAGGGCUCGGGGCCCCCGGCGCUGCGCCCCGCCAGGCUGCUCCCCGCGGCCGGCUGCGCCCCGGAUGCGCACAGCCCCCCCGGCGCCCCCCUCGUCAAGUCCGAGAGCCCCGAGGACGGCGCCACGACGUGGAUGCAGGAAGCGGGCCGAUACUCGCCGCCGCCAAGACACUUGAGUCCCACCACCUGCACCCUCAGGAAGCACAAGACCAACCGUAAACCUCGGACUCCCUUUACCACCUCCCAGCUCCUGGCCCUGGAGCGCAAAUUCCGCCAGAAACAGUACCUGUCCAUCGCCGAGCGCGAGCCGAGUUCUCCAGUUCUCUGAACCAUCACAGAGACCCAGGUCAAAAUCUGGUUCCAGAACCGCAGGGCCAAGGCCAAAAGACUCCAGGAGGCAGAGCUAGAGAAGCUGAAGAUGGCUGCGAAACCCAUGCUCCCUUCUGGCUUCAGUCUGCCCUUCCCCAUCAACUCACCCCUGCAGGCUGCAAUCUCUGUACGCGCCUCCUACCCCUUCCACAGACCUGUGCUGCCCAUCCCCCCCGUCGGACUGUACGCUACACCUGUGGGUUAUGGCAUGUACCAUU